AUGGCCGUGGCCGAGGGCGAAAUUCUGCACGGCGCCCUGGCGAUGAUCGCGAUGGACGCCCGCGAGAUGGAUGCCCGCGAGAUGGAUGCCCGCGAGAUGGAUGCCCGCGAGAUGGAUGCCCGCGAGAUGGAUGCCCACGAGAUGGACGCGUAG